AUGGAUACUGUUUCUGCCUUUUUCUCACACCAUUCCUCAUUCAUGUAUCCAGGUACUGAUUUCCUUCUGAAACCCAUUUUCAUUCAUGGAUUUCCUGGCUCAAUACAUCUGCUUCUGUUAUUUGUGUUGCUUAUCUCCUGGGUGUGGAAGAAACUCAAGGUGGGAGAUGGAGGAGGGGACCCAAAAGAGGGGUUUAGGAAUAGUGUAACUUUGCACUAUAAGCUCACUUUAAUCUGUUGUAUUGGUGUUUCUGCAAUUAGUCUUGGCUUUUGUUUGUUCAACUAUAUUUCCUGGUAUAGAUAUGAUUGGUCUGUAGAAAAGCUAGUGAUCCUUUUUGAUCUAUCAAUUAGAACACUUAGUUGGGGUGCAGUUUGUGUGUACUUGCAUACCCAGUUCUCUAAUUCUGGUGAAUCAAAGUUCCCAUACUUGCUCAGAGUUUGGUGGGGUUUCUACUUCUCUUUUUCUUGCUAUUGCUUUGUCAUAGACAUUGUUCUUUACCAAAACCUUGUUUCCUUACCAGUUCAAUUCUUAGUUUCUGAUGCUGCCUUCCUUAUCUCUGCUUUGUUCUUUAUAUAUGUGGGGUUUAUUGGGCCGAAAGAGGGUGGAGAUACCCUUCUUGAGGAACCCCUUUUGAGUGGUAGUACAAAUUCUAGAAUAGGUAACACUGCUGAAUCAAGUAAGUCCAGAGGGGUUGAAACUGUGAAAACCCCUUAUUCAACUGCUGGAAUUUUCAGCAUCCUCACUUUUUCUUGGAUGAGUCCUUUAAUUGCGGUUGGCUAUAAGAAAACAUUAGACCUUGAAGAUGUCCCUGAACUAGAGAACGUUGAUACUGUAGUUGGGUCCUUCCCAAUUUUUAGAAAUAAGCUCGAGUCAGAGUGUGGUACUCUUAGCAGAGUUACCACACUUCAUCUGGUGAAGGCAUUAAUCUUCUCGGCCAGGAGAGAGAUUCUUUGGACAGCGUUGUUUGCACUGCUUUCCACAAUAGCUUCUUAUGUCGGCCCAUAUCUUAUCGACACCUUUGUGCAAUACCUCUAUGGGCGACGUGAGUUUAAAAAUGAGGGCUAUGCUUUAGUUUCUGCAUUUUUGGUGGCGAAGCUCGUGGAGUGCCUCUGUCACAGGCACUGGCUCUUCAGAGGGCAGCAGAUUGGAGUAAGAAUAAGAGCUGUACUGGUUGCCAUGAUCUAUAACAAGGGUUUGAGCCUGUCUUGCCAGUCCAAGCAGUGCCACUCUAGUGGUGAGAUUAUCAAUUUUAUGACUGUUGAUGCUGAGAGGAUUGGUGACUUCUCUUGGUACAUGCAUGAACCAUGGAUCAUCAUUCUACAAGUUGCUUUGGCCCUCUUGAUUUUGUAUAAAAAUAUUGGUCUUGUCGCAAUUGCAACUUUAGUCGCAACUGUAAUGGUUAUGUUGGCAAAUAUUCCUUUCCGAAAAUUGCAAGAGAAGUUUCAAGAGAAGUUAAUGGAGUCAAAGGAUAGAAGGAUGAAAGCGACAUCUGAGAUUUUAAGGAACAUGCGGAUUCUCAAGCUUCAAGCAUGGGAGAUGAAGUUUUUGUCUAAAAUUAUUGACCUCAGGAAGAUUGAAACGGGGUGGUUACGAAAGUUUGUUUACACUUCGGCCAUGACCUCAUUUGUCUUCUGGGGUGCCCCCACAUUUGUGUCUGUCAUCACAUUUGUUGCUUGCAUGCUUUUGAAGGUCCCUCUGGAAUCAGGGAAGAUCUUAUCUGUGCUUGCAACAUUCAGAAUUCUUCAAGAACCCAUCUACACUCUUCCAGAAACAAUAUCAAUGAUAGCACAGACAAAGGUAUCCCUUGAAAGAAUUUCAUCAUUCCUUUCUCUUGAUGAAUUGAAGCCUGAUAUUAUCGAAAACCUUCCUAAAGGUAGUUCUGAUACUGCUAUUGAGAUAGUAGAUGCAAAUUUCUCUUGGGAUUUAUCUUCGCCUAACCCAACAUUGAAGGAUAUAAAUCUCAAAAUUAGCCAUGGUAUGAGGGUUGCAGUUUGUGGAACUGUUCGCUCAGGCAAGUCAAGCUUAAUUUCCUGUAUUCUGGGAGAAAUGCCCAAGAUAUCUGGUUUUGUUAAGUUGUGUGGGACAAAGGCCUAUGUUUCUCAGUCACCAUGGAUACAGAGUGGCAAGAUAGAAGAAAACAUAUUGUUUGGUAAAGUGAUGGACAGCGAAAGGUAUGAGGGGGUUAUCGAAGCAUGUUCUUUGAAGAAGGAUCUGGAAAUUCUACCAUUUGGCGAUCAGACCAUUAUAGGGGAGAGGGGAAUCAAUUUAAGUGGAGGGCAGAAGCAGAGAAUACAAAUUGCACGAGCUCUGUACCAAGAUGCUGAUAUCUAUCUCUUUGAUGAUCCUUUUAGUGCUGUUGAUGCUCAUACGGGAUCCCAUCUUUUCAAGGAAUGCUUGAUGAGACUCAUGAGUUCCAAAAUAGUAAUCUAUGUCACUCAUCAGCUGGAGUUCUUACCUGCUGCUGAUAUUAUCUUGGUCAUGAAAGAAGGACGGAUCACGCAAGCUGGAAAGUUCAAUGAAAUUAUUAAUUCAGGAACUGAUUUUAAGGAUCUUGUGGGAGCACACAAUCAAGCUCUUUCUGCGCUUGAUUCUGUUGGGGUAGGGCCAAUUGAAAAACCAGGCAUCAGCGUAGAAUAUAACAGUUCGACUAGUACUAAUAGGGCUGUCCAAAAUGUAGAUGAAAAAGAUGUUGAAGAUUGUAAAAUAGAUGAUUUAGGGGUUCCAAAUGGGCAGCUUGUUCAAGAAGAAGAGAGAGAGAAAGGUAAGGUUGGGUUUUCAGUGUACUGGAAAUACAUUACCACAGCGUACGGAGGAGCUUUUUUGCCCUUUAUAUUGCUUGCACAGAUUCUUUUUCAACUCCUUCAAAUUGGAAGCAAUUACUGGAUGGCUUGGGCAACUCCUGUGUCAGCAGACGUGAAACCUAUUGUUACAAGCUCUAUGCUUAUAAUUGUGUAUGUGGUUUUGGCUGUUGGAAGUUCUCUUUGUGUCCUUUUCAGAGGUCUGCUUCUUGUAACAGCAGGGUACAAGACAGCCACUAUACUCUUCCAUAAAAUGCACUUGUGCAUUUUCCGUGCUCCCAUGUCAUUCUUCGAUGCUACUCCAAGUGGAAGAAUCUUAAACAGAGCUUCUACAGACCAAAAUGCAGUGGACAUGAGCAUAUCAAAUCAAGUUGCCUCCUGUGCCUUCUCAACGAUACGGCUUUUAGGAAUUAUUGCAGUGAUGUCUCAGGUGGCAUGGCAGAUUUCCAUCAUAUUUAUACCUGUGAUUACAGCCUGUGUAUGGUAUCAGCAAUAUUACAUACCUUCAGCACGAGAACUAGCAAGAUUGGUUGGAGUGUGCAAAGCUCCUGUGAUACAACAUUUUGCCGAAACAAUUUCAGGAUCAACUACUAUUAGGAGCUUUGAUCAAAAAUCUAGAUUUCGAGAAACCAACAUGAAACUGAUAGAUGGAUAUGGUCGGCCAAAUUUCUACACUGUUUGUGCAAUGCAAUGGCUAUGCUUUCGCUUGGAUAUGUUGUCAUCCAUUACAUUCGCAUUCUUUUUGCUUUUCUUGAUCUCUGUUCCAGAAGGAAUAAUAGAUCCAGGUAUUGCGGGCUUAGCCGUCACAUAUGGACUUAGCCUAAACCUGUUACAAGCUGGGUUUAUAUGGAACCUUUGCAAUAUGGAGAAAAAGAUAAUAUCAGUGGAGAGGAUACUACAAUAUACUACCAGUAUACCAAGUGAGCCUCCUCUGGUAAUAGAAUCUAACAGACCAGACCAUUCCUGGCCAUCACGAGGAAAAGUUGAUAUGCAUGAUCUUCAGGUGCGGUAUGCUCCACACAUGCCACUUGUAUUGCGGGGUCUCACAUGUACCUUUCCUGGAGGAAUGAAAACUGGGAUUGUGGGGAGAACCGGUAGUGGAAAGUCAACUCUCAUACAAGCUCUUUUCCGAAUCGUCAAUCCUGCUGCUGGCCGGAUUUUGAUAGAUGGCAUUGAUAUCUCUUCUAUUGGAUUGCAUGAUCUGCGGUCUAAUCUAAGCAUUAUCCCUCAGGACCCAACCAUGUUUGAAGGAACUGCAAGAAGCAAUCUGGACCCACUUGAAGAGCACACAGAUGAACAAAUUUGGGAGGCCUUGGAUAAGUGCCAGCUUGGAGAUGAAGUUAGGAAGAAAGAAGGGAAGCUGGAUUCUGCAGUUAGUGAAAAUGGAGAGAAUUGGAGUAUGGGUCAAAGGCAGCUUGUUUGCCUGGGCCGUGUGCUCCUCAAGAAAAGUAAGGUCCUGGUCCUUGAUGAAGCUACUGCAUCUGUUGAUACUGCUACGGAUAAUCUGAUUCAGCAGACCCUUCGGCAUCACUUCUCAGACUGUACUGUCAUUACCAUUGCACAUCGAAUAUCUUCUGUUCUUGACAGUGACAUGGUUCUUCUUCUAAAUCAUGGGCUUAUUGAGGAAUGUGAUUCUCCAGCAAGAUUGCUAGAAAACAAGUUAUCAUCUUUUGCCCAACUUGUAGCGGAGUACACAAUGAGAUCGAAUUCCACUUUGUAAUUUGACUGACAAUUGAUGAUUACGAAAAGUAGUGGUUACUAUGUUCUUAUUCAGGCUUUGUGCUUAUUCACAACCACAGAAGUUGCAGGUUGUACUGCAUUUGAGGGGGUAUGUCUGAUGUUUUUUACAUUCAAGAAAUUUGAUGUUCAUAAAUUUAAUCAAGCUGUGAUAUUUAAUGGUUGAAAUAAUGGAGUCUAAAUGCCUCGUUGUAAGAUGUAACUCACCCGCAUUCAAGUUCUUUACUGUGGUUACUGGGAGAAUGCUUCUUGCUUGUUCCAUGAUUCAUAUGAAGCAAAUAAACGGUUUCUAACCAAUAUC